GGGUCACGCGUACUGUAUUUCUGGCUUGUUGUUUUGAAGGCCUACGGGAGGAGAGGGGGGUAAAAAAAAACCCGAGUUAAAGAUGGCGGAAAUCGAGGGAGAUGAGACUGCUCGGCCCGCAGCAGCGCCCCGCGUUAACGGCUCUGGUAACCAGACCCCGACCAUGGUGACCUCGGGUCCGCGUAUGGUUCGGAUCGUGAAGUCGGAAUCGGGAUACGGAUUCAACGUCCGCGGUCAAGUGAGUGAAGGCGGCCAGCUGCGGAGCAUUAACGGGGAGCUGUACGCUCCUCUCCAGCAUGUCAGCGCCGUGUUACCCGGGGGUGCGGCGGACCGGGCCGGUAUAGUGAAAGGAGACCGAAUACUAGAGGUUAACGGGGUGAGCGUGGAGGGGGCGACGCACAAGCAGGUGGUGGAUCUGAUCAGGGCUGGAGAGAGGGAGCUGGUGUUGACCGUGCUCUCUGUGCCGGCACAGGAAGCAGACGGACUUGAAGGAGGCGAGGAAAGCUCCGUGCAGCCCAAUUACGACUACAGCGACAAGCAGGCCGUCCCCAUUUCAAUCCCCACAUACAAACAUGUGGAACAGCACUCGGAGAAGUUUGUGGUGUAUAAUGUGUACAUGUCGGGCAGACAGCUGUGUUCGAAGCGUUACAGGGAGUUUGUGAUUCUUCAUCAGAACCUGAAGAGAGAGUUUUCCAACUACAAUUUCCCAAAGCUUCCAGGGAAAUGGCCCUUUUCUCUGUCUGAACAGCAGCUGGACGCUCGGAGGAGGGGGUUGGAGGAAUACAUGGAGAGAGUGUGUUCAGUGCGGGUCAUUGGUGAGAGUGACAUUAUGCAAGAAUUCCUGUCUGAAUCGAAUGAGAACAACAACGGCAUAAGUGAUGUCGAGCUACGAAUAGCACUGCCUGAUAAAACCACAGCUUCAGUAAGAGUAAGAAAGAACAGCACCACUGACCAGGUCUACCAGGCUCUUGUCAUAAAGGUUGGGAUGGACAGCAUCAUGGCCAGUUACUUUGCUCUCUUUGAAGUUAUUAACCACUCGUUUGUGCGCAAAUUGGCUCCUAAUGAGUUCCCGCACAAGCUCUAUGUUCAGAACUACACCUCUGCCGUGCCCGGGACGUGUCUCACAAUGCGGAAGUGGCUCUUCAGCACACAGGAAGAGGAACUGCUGCGGGACAACCCUCUUGGCCUGCACUACUGCUUCCAUCAGGCACAGGAUGAUGUGAAGAAGGGCUUCAUUAAAGCAGAGGAUAAAGCGUACCAGCUGCAAAAACUAGCAGAACAGAGAAAGAUGACAACGUAUCUGAGUCUUUUGCGCUCAUGUGAGGGAUAUAAUGAGGUGAUGUUCCCUCACUGUGCAUGUGACUCACGGAGGAAAGGUCAUGUGAUCACAGCCAUCAGUAUGAAGCAUUUCAAACUGCACGCCUGCACAGAGGACGGCACUCUUGAGAAUCAGGUGAUCGUCUUCGAAUGGUCAGAGAUGCAGAGAUGGGACACCGAUGAAGAGGGGAUGGCCUUCUGUUUUGAAUAUGUGCGUGGAGAAAAGAAACCUCGCUGGGUCAAAAUAUUCACUCCUUAUUUUAACUACAUGCACGAGUGCUUUGAGAGGAUUUUCUGUGAGCUCAAAUGGAGGAAAGAGGUUGAAGACGAGGCCUCGGACAAAGGCAAUAAAAACUGUAGUAAUAAUGAUUACCUCUCGCCACUGGAGCAGCAGAAGGGAUGGCGCCACCUAGGGGGCGAGAUCGCCACUUCCUAAAACUCCCCUCUAGAGCCUCUGUGGAAUUGCGCUGGAUCAUCACACUAAAGCAGACCAUAAUGACCAUCUUACCAUGGCAACACCCUAGCGACGCCAUACCAACCAUGUUUCCCACGGAGACAAAAGUGUGCCUUUCAGAUGCUGAGCGUUCCAAAUGACAACAACGGCAACGCAAGAUGCCAUCAUCGUGGCAAAAGCAGACGCAUAACUAUCGCCACGGGGAUGUUUCGCACCAACGGGUUCUGCUGUCAUUUCAUCAAUAGAUACUUUGAACUCGCACCAGUACAUGUAAAAUAGCACAUAGGACCAGACCUAAAGAUCUUCCACGCCAUCGGUUUAGAAGGCACGCUCUUCUGUAAGUCUACUUUAGAGCACUGUUAUCACCGCAGCAAAGUCACCAAUGACCACUUUGUGAUUUGAACAUCAGGCGCUAUCGAAAUAAAUCAGUAUAUAUGGGAGGGGGCAGUCUUGCCUUAAAAAUAAAUUUGUGUACCAAGGUCACCCGUAAUAUGGGAUCUUUCUAAAAUGAUAUUGUGAUGGCAUUAUUGCUUAAUUUUCCCAGUGUUGCUGAACUAAAAUGAGUUCAUUUUCAUCUUAUUCUCCCAUUAAAGGAAGAGUUAAUACGUGUGUGGAAGCAGUGAGAAGAGUGCGUGUUUGUGUGUGGAGUGACAGGACAGUGUUUAUGGACAGGUGUAGUUUAUAUAAGCGACCUGAAGGGGGCCCCAGCAUCAAACACAAGCUGUGCUCAGGAGACAGUUGUGUUUGUUCAGUUUAUUUGUUGGUCUCAGAGGAAACAUCAUGAAGUCUUCAUCUGAGUUGGUUUUAGUGUUAUUUAUUGUUUAAGACUGCAGGGGCUUCCUUGCUCAGUCAUAGAGAGACUACAGCACCACACCGUACCUGCUGACAGGAUCUGAAGUGGAAAACGAGGGAUAGAUUGAGAAUAUCAGAAUAGUUUUCACAGUGUUUCUUCUCUUAUAUGGUUUGAGAAAAAAGAACUGAGGCAGCUGGCAAUUGCUUUCAAAUUCAUUUACAAAAUCCCCACAGAAUGCGAAAAUAACAGCCAUUUCGUUUUUCAAAGUGGUCUAUGUUUUUCUUUUUUUUUUUUCUUUUUUUACGCAUAAGUAGAGAACCAGAGAUUAAAAUCUAGUAUAGGCAAAAAGAUGGGUCUCACUUGUCACAGGAACAGGCACAUUUUGACCAUUUUCUUAAAGGAAUAGCUCACCUAAAAUGAAAAUGUACUCACUCUCAGAUCGUUUCUUCUUCACUUUUCACUUCACAAGAUGUAAAUUGAUGGACUGGAGUUAUUAUAAUGUUUUUAUCAGCUGUUUGGACUCUCAUUUUGAUGGCACCCAUUCACUGCAAUGCUUAAUUUCUCCCAAACUCAUUAACAUUUUGGACGGCCUGAGGGUGAGUAAAUAUUCAUCAAAUGUUUAUUUUGGGGUGAACUGUUCCUUUAACAGACAAAAGCUUUACAUUCCAGCACAAUACAGUGAUAAAUCGGCUUAUCCUCAUCCAAAUGAUUAAGCCACCUUGGCUAUGAUACCCUGAUCAAUAAAUGAGUUUGUUAUAUGUGUGUGUGAGUGUGUGUUCUGUAUCAGAUUGCUCUCUGGUUAGAGUAAAGGCUCCUAUUAUAGCAGCACAGUAGCAUCUGUGGUCUAAAGCAUAUUUACCAAACCUCAUUUGGUGUCUCCAGUCCUGAUUAUUUCUGUAUUUGAUUAGCUCAGCCAGUUUAUCAAUGUGAAUGAAGAAAAAAAAACAAGACCUAUGUGUGUUAGCUGUGUGUGUAAUUUCUCUUUUCAUCAGGAGUGCAGGUGCGACACUUUUUGUGUUGUUUGGAUAUGUUAAAAGUGUUCCACCUUGUAAUGUUCACCAGCGCGAUAAAAUAUUAAUUGUUUGGUCAGUGUUUCUUAUUUUGUGUCAAUGUGCCAGGGGGAAAAAAAAGAAUAUGAAUGUACCAGAAUGUAUUUAUAACAUGGAUGAUUAUUAGCGUUUCUUGGACAUUAACUUGAACUGCAACCAUUUAUGAUCAUCAUAAUGCUUCAGUUUAAAACUUAAGACACUAACCAGCUUUUAACCUUCCACUGAGUGUUUUCUUAACAUUAGGCCCACCUUGAAAGUAUUAUUAAUGUUUUAAGUGUUUUCCCUAAAAUUGUUGUGUCUGGACGAUUACUGAAGUUUAAUGGCUAUAUGUCUUUGUUCUGCGCUUCUUCUGUACAUUUGACUGCUUAUGUGUAAUACUGACAGAGUCUUUGAAGCUUUUCUGACUGAAAACAUUAAUUUAUUUUUCUGCUGAAUCAAGGGGAUUGAAACCAGGCCUUUGCUGUGGUGAGUUUAGAAAGGGGCUUUGUAUUGAAAAAGAUAUAAUGCAUACGUGAAUGAGA